AUGUCAGAUGAGAAGAGUGCCCCCGCUCCCCAGUUUAAGGCUCUGACACCCCUGUUUAAGGUAGAACAGAAUGCCUCCCCAGCAAGGAUGUCGGCAACCCAGGCAGGCCCAGCUCCGGCAUCACCCGCCAGGUCGUCAUCCAGCAGGUCGUCGCCUGCCAGGCCAGCCUCCACUGCAUCCUCUCCAAGGAGAGUGCACCUGGUUAGAGCAACACCAGUGGGGGCCACACCAGUCCGGGCAUCUCCUGCCGCAUCAGCACCAGCCACCAGGGCUGCCGGGGAGACCCCAGGUGCCAGCUUGCCCAAGUUCACCUGGCAGGAGGGCCAGAAGCGGCUGCCGCUCAUCGGGUGUGUUCUCCUUCUCAUCGCCCUGGUGGUGUCGCUCAUCCUGCUCUUCUACUUCUGGCGGGGCCACACAAGGAUCAAGUACAGGGAGGCAGCCGAGAGCUGCCCCAAGCACGCUGUGCGCUGUGACGGGGUGGCUGACUGCAAGCUGAAGAGUGACGAGCUGGGCUGUGUGAGGUUUGACUGGGACAAGUCUCUGCUUAAAGUCUACUCGGGAUCCUCCCAUCAGUGGAUUCCCGUCUGCAGCGACAGCUGGAACAGCUCCUACUCUGUGAAGACCUGCCAGCAGCUGGGUUUUGAGAGUGCGUACCGGACAAACGAGGUGGCCUAUAGGGGUGCUGCCAGCAGUUUCUCGGUCUUCGAAUACAACUCCACCAUCCAGGAGAGCCUCUACAGGUCUGAAUGCCCUUCCCAGCGGUAUGUCUCUCUCCAGUGUUCCCACUGUGGACUGAGGGCCAUGACUGGGCGGAUCGUGGGAGGGGCACUGGCCCCAGAGAGCAAGUGGCCUUGGCAAGUCAGUCUGCACUACGGCACCACCCACAUUUGUGGGGGCACGCUGAUCGACGCCCAGUGGGUGCUCACUGCUGCCCACUGCUUCUUUGUGACCCGGGAAAAGAUCCUGGAGGGCUGGAAGGUGUACGCGGGCACCAACAACCUGCACCAGCUGCCCGAGGCAGCCUCCAUCUCCCAGAUCAUCAUCAAUGGCAACUAUACCGACGAGCAGGACGACUACGACAUCGCGCUGAUGCGCCUCUCCAAGCCCCUGACCCUGUCAGCUCACAUCCACCCCGCCUGCCUCCCCAUGCAUGGACAGACCUUCAGCCUCAACGAGACCUGCUGGAUCACAGGCUUCGGCAAGACCAAGGAGACAGAUGAGAAGACGUCCCCCUUCCUCCGGGAGGUGCAGGUCGGCCUCAUAGACUUUAGGAAGUGCAACGACUACUUGGUCUAUGACAGUUACCUCACCCCAAGGAUGAUGUGUGCCGGGGACCUCCGGGGAGGCAGAGACUCCUGCCAGGGAGACAGUGGGGGACCCCUGGUCUGUGAGCAGAACAACCGCUGGUACCUGGCCGGAGUCACCAGCUGGGGGACAGGCUGUGGCCAGAGAAACAAGCCUGGUGUGUACACCAAAGUGACUGAACUCCUGCCCUGGAUAUACAGCAAGAUGGAGAAUGAGGUGCGCCUCCGGAGGUCCUGA